GACACCAAAGCACCCGCCUCCCUUCCAUAGGAGCACAUCACAAUCUCACAGCCAGGGUCUCCAAGGUUAUUAUGUGUGUGUGCUGCGCUCGAGGUGGUUGUGUCUUUCGCCUUCAGUGAGGCAGGAGCUUGAGAGCAUUGCAGUUAUUUGAGGCCACGAUGGAUCAAGCCAGGACAACAAUUUCAAAAAUCUUCAAUGGGGAGCCGCGCUCCUACACUCGCUUUAACUUGACCCAGAACAUGGAGGGUGACAACAGCCAUGUGGAGAUGAAGCUCUCAUCUGACAUGGAUGAUGAAGCGGAGGCUAACGGUGUUGGGGAAAACACAAACCAACAUAAUGGUCCAUAUUACCCCAGCAAACUAAACCAGCGUUCUCCCAAAAUCAUCUGUGGAUAUGUCAUUGGCAUUCUCAUCCUUUUCAUUAUUGGAUACCUCAUUGGUUACCUGUCUAAUAGAAGCACAGAAAAAACAGAAAUCAAGUCAGAUUGUCCGGUCUUUAAUGAGAUUGCCCCAGUGAAAGCAGAAGCAGUUUAUUCGUUGGACUGGAGUGAUCUCAGGGCAUUGCUGAAAAAUAAAUUGACAACCAGCAACAUUAACAGCAACCUCAAGGAAUUCUCUAGUGCCAGUCACCAGGCAGGAAGCACAGGAGAUGAGGCACUUGCUAAUAAAAUCAUGGGGAAAUUCAAAACUUAUGGAAUGAGCACCUGGACCGAUGAGCACUAUGUGAAAAUCCAUGAGCCUGGUUCCUCAAAUAACCGAGUCCUGUUCCGUGGUAAUGUUGUGGGAACAACCGAGGGCUAUUUGGCAUACAGUGCACUUAAAAAAGUUCAGGGUGCAGCUCUGUAUGCCCAUUAUGGACGAGCAGAAGACUUCAGGCGCCUGCAAGAGCUAAAUGUUGACAUAAAUGGAAAGGUCGUCUUGGUUAGAGCUGGACUCUUAAGUUUUGCUGAAAAGGUUGCUAAUGCUGCUAGCCUGAAUGCUAGUGCUGUGCUAAUUUAUCCAGAUCCUGUUAACUACAAUAUUAAAGAGGACACUGCUCUUUUUGGCCAUGUCCAUCUCGGCACUGGGGAUCCCUACACUCCAGGAUUCCCUUCCUUCAAUCAUACCCAGUUUCCCCCGGCUCAGUCCUCUGGCUUGCCCAGUAUUCCGGCCCAAACUAUAACCAUAAGACAGGCUACUGAGAUCAUGAGUAAGUUAGGUGGUCGGACUUCCCCUGAUGCCUGGAGUGAUGGGAUGCUUCGGGAUACCAUGUACAAACUCGGUGAUGACGGUGACAAUAUUACAGUGGAAGUAAAGAAUGUCCUUAUUCAGAAAAAAAUCCACAAUGUGUUUGGGGUGAUUGAAGGUUAUAUGGAUAAAGAUCGUUAUAUGGUGAUUGGCGCCCAGCGAGAUGCAUGGGGCCCUGGAUAUGCCAGAAGCACAGUUGGCACUAGUUUACUGGUGGAGUUGGCCAGAACGAUCACAGAUAUGAUCAAGAAUGAUGGAUUCAAGCCAAAGAGGAGCAUCAUUUUCGCUAGCUGGAGUGCUGGUGAAUUUGGCGGUGUUGGGGCCACUGAGUGGUUGGAGGGCUACCUGACCUCCCUGAAUUUGAAAAUGUUUUCUUAUGUCAGCCUUGAUGAAGUUAUUUCAGGUUCUGACACUUUCAAAGCAGCUGCCAGUCCACUGCUGUAUGAGUUACUAGAGAGCACUAUGAAACAGGUCUCAUCUCCAGUUGAUGCAACUAAAUCCUUGCAUGAACAGUUUGCUGGAUCCAGCUGGGAGAAGUCUGUAAUGGAGCCUAUGGGUUUGUCUCAGUCUGCUUAUCCAUUCCAGACCUUCUCAGGCAUCCCGUCACUUUCAUUUCGAUUUACUUCAAGUACAAAAGCAUACCCUUUUGGCACUAUGGAGGAUACGGAUCAAAAUCUAGAACGGUACACUUCCUACAACACCCUGAAACUUGCCAAGGCAGCAGGUGAGGUGGUCGGACUUGUUACUCUCCGGCUGGUACAUGACCACUUGCUCAAGCUGAACGUGGCAAAGUAUACCAGCGUCAUCCGCAACUAUGUGUCCCAAAUCAGGUCUAAAGUUGAAUCACGGCAAAUGUCGGGUCGCCUUCCUUCCACUGUGACGAUGCAGUGGCUUCUCUCAGCUCAGGGGUCAUACGAUCGUGCUGCCAGCGCUCUUAUUUCCACCAUCCGGAACAGUGAUCUUGAUGACAUGGAGCAGUGUCGCAUCAUCAACAAUCGCAUUAUGAGGGUGGAAGGCAGUUUUCUCUCUCCCUAUGUGUCUCCACGGGAGAGUCUAUUCCGGCACAUUCUGCUGGGCUCUGGAUCACACACUCUGGCAGCUCUGGUGGAUCACCUUGAAGCCAUUAAAGGAGGGCUUGAUUCUGCUGACAUUGACCUAUUCAAGAAUCAGUUUGCUCUUGCCACCUGGACCAUCCAGGGCUGUGCAAAUGCCUUGGCAGGGGAAGUAUGGGAUAUGGAUAAUGAAAUUUAGACAAGCAGAUUCAGCUCACCUCUUUAACUGUGUGAUAACUUUGAACCUUCACUCAAGGAAAAAAGGAAAAUUAAAGCAGAAAAUGAUUUUGGUGCUCUAUUAACAUGAAUUUAGGAUAAGUGGUUUACAUCAGUAUUUACAGCAUUAGUUUAUCCACAAAUUGAACAUUGUGUAAUUAUUUACUCACCUUCAUGUCAUUCCAGACCGCUUUUGUGAAACACAAAAGAAGAUAUUUGAAGAAUGUACUAUUCAUUCUUUUCCAUGAAAUUAUUGGAGUUAUCAAACAUCAAAAAAAACAUAAGGGCAUAAAAUAUUAUAAAAGUAGCUCAUAUCACUCAUGUGCUAUACUUUGUAUUCUGAAUCCAUACAGAUCAUUAUUUAUUAGGGGUUUGAUUGACAUCAGGGUAGAUAACCCAGAAUUUCUAUUCUUGGAGGAAGUUUUUCUUUGAGAUCUAGUUUAGAUGAUACAAAUUGGGAAUGUGUUACUGGUUUGUUAUUUUCCAAAUUUUCAGACUCCUUUAAGGAACUACUUGCAUAAUACCUGAACAGUCUGGAUUUAGAGCAUUUGUCUCAAACUCAAUUCCUAGAGGGGCACAGCUCUGGACAGUUUAGCUCCAACCCUAAUCAAACACACCUGGUCCAGCUAAUCCAGCUAAUUACUAGAAACUUCCAAGCAGGUGUGAUUUUGGAGUUGGUAGGAGCAAAUCUGCAGAGCUGUGUCCCUCCAGGAAUUGACUUUGAGACCACUGAUUUAGAGUUUUUUUUUUAUACAGACUCCAGUUAAACAAUCAGCCAUAGACAUUUUAAUGUUUGUAUCCUGACUUAACCUGUGAUCUUAAAACACCUCGUAAAGCACAGUAUUUUCUCAAAUUUUCUGGUUGGAUAAACUUUUUCAGGGGCUCUUCAGGUCAAUUUUGUCAAAUAAUAGAAAGAGGCUUUCCUUUGUGGCCCUGAAAUUCUGUUUAUUAGUUUUUUAUUUAUCAGUGACAGGGAUCACUAUAAAUAGCAUUUUGUAACACCUUUUUUAACAAAUGUAUAAUUAUCGGAAGCAGUGCCUUCCAUAAUUAUGACAGUUAUACUGUCGAAAUGAGAAAGCAGCAUCUGCUAUGGAGAUAACCUUGUUUUCAAAGGAUAUGACCACAGACUACAUUGUAUUUCCUAAAUGAUAAUUAAAAAAAUCAGUAAGUUACUGGUAUGUAUCAGUCUAUGGCAUCCUCCUUUUUAAUCAAUGUUAUACCUGAUCCAGAAUCAUUAUCGGGAGCAGUGCCUUCCAUAAUGCGAAGAUGAUGGUAGUUUUUGCCUACCGAUGUGUUGAUAUCGAGGGCAGUGCCCCUCAUAUUUCACUGUGAUGUGGAUGUAAUUAUUGGGAACGGUGUUUCCCAUGAUGUAAAAAAUCAUCUAUAUUCACACACUCUUACCAUAGUAGUUAUCUGUAGUAAGUCAUGUAAUCUGUCAGUUUUUCAUACACAGUGUAGUGCUAUUACCUACUUUAGCCUUGGAUGAAUCAAAUAUGAAGUGGGUGAGGAUCACAGCAGAAAUGUAAUUUAUAGAAACAUUCUCUGUAAGAUCCUGUCGUGGUAUUCUGUUGUUCACUUCUGUUCGGUUUUCAUAGUUCUUUUGUUUCUGGGAUAUUGAUAUUUGUGCCUUGUAGAUUAUGAUAAAGCUUUUAAAAUACUUUUUCUUUUUCCUCUUCUUUGUUAGAAUUUAACUUCACUCUUGCUGUUUUACUUGCAAAUCAAAGUGAGAUUAAGUUACAAAACUAUUCAGCUAAUUGGUUUUAAUGUUCACCUUUUGAUGCCAGUGUCAUCUGUUUAUCAUUAUACCAUGGUUGUCAGAAGACUUGUCAAUAUGAAUCGCAAAAGUGGGAAACACUCAUGUCAUGUAAGACUUUGAAAUAGGUCCUGUACAGGUCCUAUACACACACACACACACACACACACACACACACACACACACACACACACACACACACAUACGUGGAAGAGAUGAAAAUGGAGAUUAAAGUCUAUUCUAACAAUACUCUGUUUGUAAUGACUUGCAGUUUUAUGAUUGUCUAUGUACAUCCAUAUCUUAAAACAUGUUUAUGAAGAAUGCUAUGUCAGUAGUAGUUUUGUUGUAGACAAAAUUGGUUUAAAGCAUUGCAAGUGUGCUGAUUCUCCGUUUUAUGAUAAGUCUGCAAGUGAUCAAUUAAAAAUUUUAACAACUCCUUUGUCAA